AUGACUCUCAUCACCGCCCUCACCGCCGGUCUGGCUCUGGCCUCCUCCGUCAUUGGAGCGCCCACCAACAACGCCAACGAGAAGCGCUUCACCGUCGACCAGAUCAAGAACCCUCGCUACAUCCGCAACGGUCCCCUGGCCCUCGCCAAGGCCUACCGCAAGUACGGCAAGGCUCUCCCCGAGGACCUCUCCCGCGUCGUCGCCAACAUCACCUCCACCGGUGCCACCAAGCGCGCUACCGGCAGCGUCGCCGCCACCCCCCAGGACUACGAUGUCGAGUACCUGAGCCCCGUCCAGAUCGGCACCCCGGCCCAGACCCUCACCCUCGACUUCGACACCGGAUCUUCCGAUCUCUGGGUCUUCUCCACCUCCACCCCGUCCAGCCAGCGCAACGGCCAGACCGUCUACGACCCCAGCAAGUCCAGCACCGCCUCCCGCCUCACCGGCGCCACCUGGUCCAUCUCCUACGGCGACGGCUCCAGCUCCAGCGGUAUCGUCUACAAGGACACCGUCUCCGUCGGCGGCCUGUCCGUCACCGGCCAGGCUGUCGAGGCCGCCUCCAAGGUUUCCUCUUCCUUCUCCGAGGAGAGCGACCUGGACGGUCUCCUGGGUCUCGGCUUCAGCUCCAUCAACACCGUCUCCCCCACCCAGCAGAAGACCUUCUUCGAGACUGCCAAGUCCAAGUUGGAUGCUUACCUCUUCACUGCUGACUUGAAACACAACACCCCCGGCAAGUACAACUUCGGCUACAUCGACUCCUCUGCCUACACCGGCGCCAUCACCUACGUCAGCAUCGACAACUCCGACGGCUGGUGGCAGUUCACCUCCUCCGGCUACUCUGUCGGCUCCGCCAGCUUCACCUCCACCUCCCUCAACGGCAUCGCUGACACCGGAACCACCCUCCUCCUCCUCCCCCAGUCUGUCGUCACUGCCUACUACGCCAAGAUCUCCGGCGCCAAGUACGACUCUUCCCAGGGAGGCUACACCUUCCCCUGCUCCGCCACCGUCCCCUCCUUCACCUUCGGCGUCGGCUCCGCCCGCGUCACCAUCCCCGCCAGCUACAUGAACUACGCUCCCGUCAGCACCAGCACUUGCUUCGGUGGCCUGCAGAGCUCCUCCGGCAUUGGCAUCAACAUCUUCGGUGAUGUCGCCCUCAAGGCUGCCUUCGUUGUCUUCGAUGGUGCCUCCAACCGCCUUGGCUGGGCCGCCAAGACCCUCUCUUAA